AAUUGGAGGAAUUACCCAGGAUAUGACAAAGUAUUUCCACUUCAUAGCUGUGUUUUGGAGGCUUGGCGACGGCCAUAGCAAUGACCCUUGAAGGAUUCUCCAGGCUACCAAUGCGUUUGUCCUCUAAGAAGUGUCUUGGACUGCUUGUGAUUAGUGGCUCCCUGCUGGUAGUGCUUUUUAACACGUGGAGCCCUGCAGCUCUCUCAGGAGUUGACCUACGGCCCGGGCACAACGUUGGAAUGGAGACCGUCAUCAUGGAGAAACUUCAAGACCUCUUGAAUAAAUAUAAUGAUAUUUCCUAUCAUAUAAAGGAAGAUGUGGCAUGUCUCUUGAGAAGAAAUUCAUGUGAAUGUGUGGCUGAUAAGGAGACCCUUAAGCUGCCUCUUUCCAGUCUGCUGUUCCCACGCGUGAAGGCCCGUAACGUGGACCAGGUCUUCUUACAAUCACACCCGGACCCCUCAGGUGUGAAGCGUCACAGAGCUGAAGAGUACAUCAGUUUUCAGAAAAGGUCCUCCAGUCCUGCGGAUGUGCUUAUUGUGAACGAGGGCAAUAGUCCCCUUCAAUAUCCCUCCCAGGGUGUUGCAGUGCGACCCCUCAAAACAAUCAUCAUUCCAGGUUUGGGGCUUGUUGAAAAAGCAAGAUCCAACCAUACGGUAUAUUUGACAGCAACUUUGGGAACUUUUGAUGUUGCCGCUACAGUGGAUAUGGUCUCGGUUAAAGGAGAAGGAGAGAAGCAUAUGAUGCUCUCGAGUCCUGUUCUCGCUGCGCUGAACAGGCAGCUGCAGUUUGUCACCUACACAAACACUGUGUUCCAUCCCAGGACAGCAGACACAGUUCAGUUUGCAAAUGAAGGUCAUCGGUCAUUUUUCACCAUAAAAGUGGGACAUGCCACCAUCCCGAGACUUUACAACUCUGGAUAUGCAAAAGAGACCAAUAUCAGUGCCCUUGUUACCAUUGUGACAAAGACCUUUCUACGCUAUGAUAAACUCCAAGAUCUUAUCGCCAGCAUAAGGCAAUAUUAUCCAAACGUCACCAUUGUGAUAGCUGACGAUAAUGAGCACCCGCAGCAGGUGAAGGGACCGCACAUUGAACAAUUCAUUAUGCCAUUUGGAAAGGGUUGGUUUGCUGGGCGAAAUUUGGCAGUGUCCCAGGUGAGCAGCAAAUAUGUUCUCUGGGUGGAUGAUGAUUUCCUCUUCACUGCAAACACCAAGCUGGAAAAGAUGGUUGAUAUCCUGGAGAAGACCAGCCUAGAUCUGGUUGGCGGUGCGGUUCGAGAGGUAACAGGUUGGACUACAACCUUCCGCCAUACCGUUUCUGUGGAAGAGGGUGGAGAGGAUGGAGACUGUAUACAUAUCAGGCGUGGAUACCACCACGAUAUUGAGGGAUUUGCCAAUUGCGUGGUCGCUGAUGCUGUCAUCAACUUCUUCAUGGGGAGAACUGACAAAGUGCAGCAGGUCGGCUUUGACCCCCGACUGGCUCGCCGUGGCCACCUGGAGUUCUUUAUUGAUGCCCUGGGCUCCCUUCACAUUGGCUCCUGCAGUGAUGUCAUUAUAAACCACGCAUCAAAGAUCAAGCUGCCAUGGAGCGAUGGAACAGACUCACAAAAGGCCUAUGAAAAGUUCCGAUACUCCCAAAGCAGUGUUGAAAAGCAUAUUCACGAUGAAGUCUUCUACUUCAAGAACAGGUUCAAAUGCAUGACCACUCAAUGAAGACUGAAGCACAUUUUCUAGUGAAAGACAGUAUUAAUAUGUAAAUAUGCACCGUUUACUCUGGUCAUCAUCUUGCCUCUUAAUUUGGCAUGAUGCUGACUAGGCCCACAUAAGAAGAACAGCCCUUGCCUUACUAAUAGUGCCACCUAGGGGUUGAUUUAUUUCAUUACGGUAUGUGGAACCUCCAGCAUCCACCACAAUCUCUGUGAUGCUAGUCCACUUCCCAACAAAUAUUCCAAAACAAUCAUUUACAUUUAUGUGUAUUACAAUAUUAGCGAAGGCAGCACGGUGGUAAAUGUGUCUCACAAUAAAAAAAGGUCCUGGGUUCGAUCCCCUUGCUCGGGGUCUUUCUGUGUGAAGUUUGCAUGUUCUCCCCGUGACUGCAUGGGUUCCCUCUGAGUACUCCGGCUUAAUCCCACCUCCAAAGACAUGCACCUGGGGAUAGGUUGAUUGGCAACACUAAUUUGGCCCUAGUGUGUGAAUGUGAGUGUGAAUGUUGUCUGUCUAUCUGUGUUGGCCCUGUGACGCGGUGGCGACUUGUCUAGGGUGUACCCCGCCUUCCGCCCGAAUGCGACUGGGUUAGGCUCCAGCUCCCCUGUGACCCCAAGAGGGACAAUUGGUAGAAAAUAGAUGGAAGGACAAUAGUAGCCAUUAAAGGCCUACUGAAACUCACUACUACCGACCACGCAGUCUGAUAGUUUAUAUAUCAAUGAUGAAAUCUUAACAUUGCAACACAUGCUAAUACGGCCGGGUUAACUUAUAAAGUGCAAUUUUAAAUUUCCCGCUAAACUUCCGGUUCAAAACGCCUUUGGAUGAUGACGUAUGCGCGUGACGUCAACAAUUGAUAUGGAAGUAUUGGUACCCCAUUGAAUCCAAUACAAAAAAGCUCUGUUUUCAUUUCAAAAUUCCACAGUAUUCUGGACAUCUGUGUUGGUGAAUCUUUUGCAAUUUGUUUAAUGAACAAUGAAGACUGCAAAGAAGAAAGUUGUAGGUGGGAUCGGUGUAUUAGCGGCUGGCUACAACACAACCAGGAGGACUUACUUGGAUAGCAGACGCGCUAGCCGACGCUAGCCGCCAACCGCACGGAUGAUCGGGUGAAGUCCUUCGUCCUUCCGUCGAUCGCUGGAACGGACCUCUGUGAGGUCCCGUUGCUAAGUUAACUUCAAUGGCGUCGUUAGCAACAGCAUUGCUAAGCUUUGCCAGGCUGGGAAUUAUUAACCAUGUAGUUACAUGUCCAUGGUUUAAUAGUAUUGUUGAUCUUCUGUCUAUCCUUCCAGUCAGGGAUUUUUUUAUUUUGUUUCUAUCUGCAUUUGAGCCCGAUGCUACCACGUUAGCUCAGUAGCUAAAGAGCUUCGCCGAUGUAUUGUCGUGGAGAUAAAAGUCACUGUGAAUGUCCAUUUCGCGUUCUCGACUCUCAUUUUCAAGAGGAUAUAGUAUCCGAGGUGGUUUAAAAUACAAAUCCGUAAUCCACAAUAGAAAAAGGAGAGAGUGUGGAAUCCAAUGAGCCAGCUUGUACCUAAGUUACGGUCAGAGCGAAAAAAGAUAUGUCUUGCACUGCAUUCUAGUCCUUAACUCUAACGUUCCUCAUCCACGAAUCUUUCAUCCUCGCUCAAAUUAAUGGGGUAAUCGUCACUUUCUCGGUCCGAAUCGCUCUAGCUGCAUUGAAAACAAUAGGAAAAUAUGAGGAGGCUAUCAACUGACUACGUCACGCUACUUCCAGUAGGGGCAAGGCUUUUUUUAAUCAGAUACCAAAAGUAGCGAUUUUUAUCGUCUUUGUUCUCUACUAAAUCCUUUCAGCAAAAAUAUGGCAAUAUCGCGAAAUGAUCAAGUAUGACACAUAGAAUGGAUCUGCUAUCCCCGUUUAAAUAAAAAAAUGUCAUUUCAGUAGGCCUUUAAAUCAUGAAAUGCAACCUUACUCGAGCAAAAACGAUGCAUAUUUAUCCAGGAGAGUUGAUAUCAAUUUCCUUGACUCGGCCACACAAAGAAGUUGUAGACCUCCAUGCUUUUCUAAGUUUCCAUCUGUUUUGUUGUGUAGAAUGGCAUCUGGAGCACAAUACUUUGAUAUUUCUGGGAACGCGACUACCGUAUAAUCCUUGAUAUCACUCAACACAUCUUUUUUUCAUAAAGUAUAGCGACAGAUUCCAUUGCAUAGUUUGAUUUCUUUGCUCAUAUCUGCUUUUUGCAAGAAGAUUUAAGUCUCUUUUGUACUCAAGAUAGUUUGCACGCUUCUUGCUGUACAACAGCCAUCCUAGCUUGCUUUUCACUUCCGAGAAGAAGUCACAUGUCGGAAUUCAAGCAAUUGCCGCCUCGUGAUAAUACCGUGGCAUGGGACGGUAUCAAACAAGAACCUAGAGUACUUCCGUCAAUGUAGUUUUUUUUCUGGCGCCAUUGAGGGGGCCAGUCUGAGAAAUAAAGCACAUCUCCCAUGAUCCCUUGCAUACUGCAGGCGAACAGAGCAGAAAACCUUGGAAUAAAAUAGAAAAAUUAAAAAUGCACCCUUAUCGUUUACUUGAUCGUGUUAGUUAAUGAGCCAUAUUUAAUCGAAAGAACGACUUGCAGUACUUGAUCCCUCUUGACUGAGAUUGUAUUGCUUUAUGCCCUGUUACAUCCAGAGCAGGGGUGUCAAAAUCAUUUUAGCUCAGAGGCCACAUGGAGGAAAAUGUAUUCCCAAGUGGGCCGGACAGGUAAAGUCAUGGCACGAUAACCUAAAAAUAAAGACAACUUCAGAUUGUUUUCUUUGUUUAAAAAUAGACCAAACACAUUCUGAAAAUUUACAAAUCAUAAUGUUAUUUUUUUACACUUAAAUGUUGUGGUUAAUCAUAUUCUGUCUUCAUUUGUUGUUUAUACUUUCUGAAUAAAUGAUGUGAUAAUGUGCAUUAGUCAAAUAGGUGGAAUUGAGUGUGCAGGUGACACCUUAAAAAAAGCCUUUUUACUUGGGCUGGUGGUGUUAUUGUAUUUUUUAGUUAAAUAAUGUAACUUUGAGCAAGUUGCAAACUGCCCCUUUAACUGAAAUGAAAAGUUUUCAGUUUUUUUCAGGAACUGCAUGAGAAAACUUUGCCUCGAGCCUUACUUCUAUUGCUGUUUCUGAAAUAUACUGACACAACUCUUCUAUUUACAUGUUAUUAAGGAGUCAUAUACUUGACAAAAUGUACAAAAGUGUGUGUGUGUGUGUGUGCUGGCAUUCCUUUGCAGCUCUAUCGUUGGUUGUAUCAACCAGUAAAAACACAACAUCCAACUGGAUGCCAUAUAUUGAUGGUGCAUUGAGAAAUGUCAUGGUUUAGGGAGGCCAAAGGUUUGUUUUAUCUAUUUAUAUCGAGUUUUCUUUUUCAGUCUGUUUAUGUGAAUGUUAUUUAAUUCCAGUGGCAAUCGACUGUAAUUGUGUGAAUUAUGACUAUGUUGCCUUUUUGAAGUGACGCCACAAGAUGGAGACAAAUUCUACAUCAUUGCACAAAUCAGUUUGAGUGUGCAUAAAUGUAAGAGAUUGGUAGUUUUGAUAUAUUCUGUUUUGUAAAUGUUGUAUCCUAUAAUGGAAAUAAACCAUCUGUGGUAAU